CUCUUUGCGUUUCCUCUUUUCUUCGGGACACAAAAACAUUGGAAGCUUCUUCUUCUGCUGCUGCCAGAGAAGAAUCGGUCCUCCCUUGCGUACAAUCAAACUCCAAGAGACAUCGAGAGAUGAGAGAGAUCUCGAUCUCGACGCUUACUCUUUCAUGGUCACAUCUUCUACUCUUCGCUUCGAUUUCUCUCCACUUCGUCUUAGGUAUAUCUGGUGAUUCCAAUAGUUCAAGUACUGGAGCAAAGGCUGAAUCUCAUACUUCUUCCGGCAUAACAGGCACGAAAGUGAUCCUCGUAUUGCUUGGGUUUGGUGCUGUAGCGGGAGUCUCGUUCUCCCUGUACAAACUGUGGCAAAAGAAGAAAAGAGAUGAGCAGUAUGCUCGGUUAUUGAAACUGUUUGAGGAAGAUGAUGAACUGGAGGUUGAAUUAGGCCUUCGUGAUUAAGAAAAAAGCAAAAUCUGUAACAAUGUCUGAGGUGUAUCAGAUCAUACAGGCAUUGGAAAUAUUGAAGUAUAUAUAUACUUAAAAUGAUGUAAUUGUGAUUGAUCAUUUUGAAUUCUCUGGCUGAUAUCGCCGUUGGAGGCUCUAGAGAAAUUGUUCUUCUUUAGCAUUAGGUCAAUUCUUGUAAAACAAUUAAAUUUCUCAACUUCUUCCAUGAUCUUUGAUUUGCCAUUUUUACAAUUUA